CCUUCACUCUUAACCGCCAUGCCGAUCGCCAGCCACGACGAGAUCAACCUCAAGCGUCUCGUUCGCAGGCUGGAAAAGUCAGCAGUCGACUCACAAUGGCCUCCCACCGCUGGAGACACGACAUACAUCAAAGUCCAGAGCUCACUGCAGAAAGUCAAGUACGCGCGAAAACUAUUGGCCAACGUUGAGUCGGAGCGUCCCUUGACGGAGUUGAAAGCAAUUCUCGACCGCGUCGAUUCAUUCCUCACUGCCCUAGCGAGCAAAACAAUACCCGAGUCAACUCGACCCGUGCCAAUCCUCCCAACACUCCCGCUUCCGCUUCUGCCCCCAGAACCCGAGCCAGAGCCAGAACCGGUCACAAUUGCCGUCUCCCCACCACCAGAAUACGAGGCAACACCCGUCUCCCUCCCGCCCGACACCCUCAUUCCGCUGACUACAACCCUGCUCCCAUCCGAGAAGCCCACCAAAUCUACAGCAGUCCAGCAAAACCCCACCCUUCAACACGCGACGCUCCGCCAGCGCGAAAUGGCCGACCAGAUGGCAGUGAUGGCCGAGCAGCUCAAGCGCAACUCGGUCUACUUUGCUGAGCUGCUCGAGAAAGACAAGCGAGCGAUGGAGGAGACAGAGGCAAAGCUCGAGGGAAACUACGGUUUCAUGCAAAAAACGCGGCUCCGCACUCGGGAUUUGCGCGGAAAGACGGGUGGGACGACUUGUCUAGUCCUCCUCAUUAUCGUCUUCGUAACCGUAUUGUUCAUGUUUAUGGUCUCCCUCAUUCGGUUCUCGGGCCGUUAA